AUGCAUGACCUGAUGCUCCUGUGCUUCCUGCUCUGCCUCGCAAGCACAGCUGAUGGCGGUGAGAUCGUGAACGGGGAAAAGGUGCCAGAGGGGGCGCUGCCGUACCUGGUCUCUGUGCAGAAUAUCACGGGCCACGUCUGCGGGGGCUUUCUGAUCAGCACAGACUUUGUGAUGACUGCAGCUCACUGCGACAAACUAAAUCCAACAAACGUAGUCGUGGGUUCCCACAACCUGAACAAGAUCCACAAGAAGAUGAGAAUAAAGUUCAAGAAGUGCAAGCACGGACAUUUUCAACAGACCAUAACUGGAUAUGACAUCAUGCUUCUCCAGCUGAACAAGAGGGUCAACUUCAACGACAGAGUGAAGCCAAUCAGACUGCCCAAGAGGGGGAUGACCGUGAAGGAGAAGAGCGAGUGUACGGUGGCUGGAUGGGGCAAAACCAGAACAGGUGGAGAGCAGGUGAAGGAGCUGCAGAUGGUCAACGUGUCCGUCAUUAGUCUGGAUCAGUGUCAAAGGGUUUGGAAGAAAUACGACGGCAUUCUUCCAGACGGUGUGGUCUGUGCCGGCGGAUACGCAACGGAUAAAGGAUUCUGUCAGGGAGACUCUGGAGGACCUCUGGUGUGCGGCGGGACGGCGGUCGGCAUUGUGUCCUUCAACAGGGGCUACAUCUGUGACUAUCCCAACGUGCCCAACGUCUACACAGAUCUGUCAAAAUCUCAAACAGCUAGCGAAGCUAACAUGGCUGAAGGUGGUAACGAAGAGCGUAACCCGGAGCUGGAGAGAACUAAAGCCGAUCAGAUCCUGGCUGCCAUCGGAGCAAUGAAAGAUUAG